UUGCAUCUCUCGCUCUCCUCGCAGUCGCAUCGCAGUGCCGCCCGCGCGAGCUUUUACUCCUACUCCAUCCCCUCCCUUUGCUACUUUUGGGGACCUCUAGGCCUCUCAAAUCCAGAGAACCAAAAAGGAGAGAGAAAGAGAGAGAGCUCGCCAGCCCGAGAAAAGGUUCCUGCCCUCCUCCCCAGCCUCGCCCUCACCCCGUCCCCUCCCACAUCCGAUUGCUAUCUGCGCUUCUUGGAUCCUAGAUUUGGUCGGCCGGCGGCGGCGGCGGCGGUUCCGGGAGCUGGGAAAGACUGGGUUUUUCUGCCCAUGGAGGCGUGGCCUGAUCCGUUCAGGCCCGGGCGCUGGAGUGGCUCCCUGACCAGGUCCGAUUCGUAUUGGUUCAAAUGAUCUGGGCGGCCUGAUUGGCUGGUUGAUUCUGCCAGGGGGAUCGGAGCUAGGGUGUGGGUUCUUGGCUGGCUGGGCGGUGGGCUCGUCAGCUUGGGUCUGGUGAGAUCUUGGGGUUGUUGGUUCAGCUCAGGAGCCGCAGGUCUGCGUAGAUCCCUUCUUUGCUUCAGUGGCUGGUUUGUACUGCUAGGGUUUUGGUUGCCUGUGGUGGAAGAUGAUUAAGCAGAUCCUUGGCCGGCUGCCGAGGAAGCCGGGGAAGGCUGGGGAUAGCCGUGAUGCUGCUGCUGGGGUGGCUGCGGGGAACGGUACAGAGCCUUCGAAUUCUUACAGUGUUGCCAGGAGCAUGGACUCGGGGAACAAGAGGACUGGAAAUGGGGAUUACCCAGUGCCACCUGGGGUAACUCCUAACUCGGUGAUGAAUGGGGCUGUGCUGUAUCAGUCCAAUGAGCCGCUGCCAGCGUUCAAGGAUGUGGCAGCGUCCGAGAAGCAGAAUUUGUUUGUCAAGAAGGUGAACCUGUGCUGUGCUGUGUAUGACUUCAUGGAUCCGACAAAGAACCUGAAGGAAAAGGAGGUGAAGCGCCAGACGCUUAUGGAGCUGGUCGAUUACGUCACCUCGGCGAACGGCAAGUUCUCGGAAGUCGUCAUGCAGGAGAUCACCAAGAUGGUGUCCAUUAACUUGUUCCGGAGCUCCAACCCCACGCCCCGUGAGAACAAGGCCAUUGAGGGAGUUGAUCUGGAGGAGGACGAGCCCCUCAUGGACCCGGCAUGGUCGCACUUGCAGAUUGUGUAUGAGGUUUUCUUGAGGUUUGUCGCAUCGCAGGAGACAGAUGCAAAGCUCGCCAAGAGAUACAUAGAUCAUUCCUUCAUUCUUAGGCUACUAGAUCUUUUUGACUCAGAGGACCCCAGGGAAAGGGACUAUCUAAAGACAAUACUUCACAGAAUAUAUGGUAAAUUCAUGGUUCAUCGCCCGUUCAUCAGGAAAGCAAUUAACAACAUAUUCUACAGGUUCAUAUUUGAAACAGAAAAGCAUAAUGGUAUUGCAGAGCUGUUGGAGAUCCUGGGCAGUAUUAUCAAUGGUUUUGCCCUUCCUCUUAAGGAAGAACACAAGUUGUUCCUUGUUCGUGCACUGAUCCCUCUUCACAAGCCAAAGUGUGUAUCUAUGUACCAUCAACAGCUAUCUUAUUGCAUCACACAGUUUGUUGAGAAGGACUGCAAACUUGCUGACACAGUUAUUAGGGGCUUACUGAAAUACUGGCCUGUGACAAACAGUUCAAAGGAGGUGAUGUUCUUGGGUGAGUUAGAAGAGGUUUUAGAGGCAACACAGCUUGCGGAGUUUCAAAGAUGCAUGGUUCCACUCUUCCGUCAGAUUGCCCGUAGCAUGAACAGCUCCCAUUUCCAGGUGGCAGAGCGGGCUCUGUUUCUCUGGAACAAUGACCAUAUUGAAAACCUAAUUAAGCAAAACUACAAGGUGCUAUUACCUAUCAUCUAUCCAGCACUCGAGAGAAACACCAGAGAUCACUGGAACCAAGCUGUUCGUAGCCUGACAUUGAACGUACGCAAGAUAUUCUCUGAUCAUGAUUCUGCAUUCUUUGGGGAGUGCGUUCAGAGGUUCAACGAUGAGGAACUUAAGCAGGAGGAAACCGAUUCAAAGCGAGAAGCCCUGUGGAAGCGCCUAGAGGAAAUGGCCACCUCAAAACCCGGUGAAAACAACCCCUCGGGCGCACCCAAUGGCAAAUCCAGUCAAGCUGCUGGCUAGGACACACAAUAACAGCUGUGGUCUUGCAACUCUUUGACUCGUGCCCUGGAACUCAGGUUGUUGUGAUUUUAGUGUUGGAAUUUUUUGUUGGUGCGUUGGUUUGCCCCUGUUGUAGGUGGGUAGGACGUGUUUGGUUUCGUCAGAACUGUAUGAUCAAAAUGUACACAUACAGAAGGAUUUCCAAGAGAUUUGGCAUGUGUAGUGACAUUACAUAUAGUCCAAUAAACAGCGUCGAUUUUGAUUGAGGAUAUCCAGUUUGGGUGGGUUUAUACUUUAGUGGCAGUGGGCAUCGUGUUAUUGUUUCACUGUUAUACUGAAAUGGUAGUGCGAGUAUGUAUUAUACUGGAAUAUGAUUGCCCACUACAGUUUUCUUGUA